AUGGACGACGCUUCUCUUCAAAAAUUAAGCGUUUCUCCAGGAAAACUUAGUCCCAAAUUUAACAAAGAUAUUACUGAGUAUUCGCUUGUUGUUGGAAGUAGCGUUAAAGAACUGAAAGUUAGCCCUUUGACGAGUGACAACAAUGCUUGUUACUCGAUUUCUGUGAGUAUAUUUGAAACGUGAUUUAUUGAGCAUUUGAGUUCAUAUACUCAUAUUUGUUGACUGUUCAUUUUGAUCUAGUUAACUGAUCUAAAAUGCUGUUAUAGUACGUAUUAGCUACUUUAUAUAGCUUCGUAAUUGAUUGAAUUUUAAUUGUUUUGGCUAGCCCAGAAGUAGUCUGUUAAAAUGGUUAUGAAAAGGACAGCGACUAUAUUAUAUAUAUAACGAAAAUUUGAAGAUUUCAAUUACUGUAACUCGGCCAAUCCGUGUAAGGGAUGGUUAAAUACGACUGGCUGAGCAAAUUAAAACCUGUCAAAUUUUGUUGACAAACAUGAAAGCUUCAUGUGAAACUCCACACUGAAAAAUUGCUUGGCUGCCUGCAGUGGCAAUCGAACCCACAACCUUUUGUGAGUUUUGUGGACUAGCAAACAAGGAUCACACAGGUUAGAUUUCCACCGAGGUGAAGCAAGUUUGUAGCUUGCCUGAUGUGAAGUUUGUGAUAAUGUUUUAAAAAUCUAUCAUAAGAUUGUUCAUUCGAUUACUUUAGGGUUCAAAUGGUGGUAAAACUGUCCCACUACAAGAAGGAGCCCUAACUGUGAUCACUGUUGAAGUUACAUCAGAAGAUGGUACAAUCAAGAACUACAUCAUCAACACAACCCGCCUGUCCUCAAGUGACGCCUCACUCUCUGGGUUAAGUUUAUCCUCAGGAACUGUAUUACCCCCAUUUAACCCUAACUGUACCUUGUAUACAUCCACUACUCCCUACCACAUCACAACCAUUGAAGUUAAACCUGCAGCCCCUGACAAAGGCAUUGGUGUUGUUGUCCGAAACAGCCCUGACGCAAAACCUUUGGAGUUGAACUGUGGUGAAACAUGCAUAUACAUUGAUGUGACUUCUCCUGAUAAAACAACUUCUAAAACUUAUCAACUUCUGAUUCAGAGAGCAAAAAUCCCUUGGCAUAUUACCACAAUAGAUAUUAGUAAUAUUUGUAAUUAUAGCUGUCCAGUGUGCUUAGCGAUAAUUCACUGUCCAAAAUCUAUUGCUGAGACCAAACCAAAACAUGUGUUCUGUAAAUCUUGCAUUGAUGAGUUAACGAGGACAACCAAACGAGAUCCUCUUAAUGAGCAGUUGUUAACAGGUGAUUGGCUUGUUAAUGAGCUAAGUUUGGAAGAGACUUUAACAUCACUUGCUGUCUGCUGUGUCUUUGCACGUUAUGGCUGUAACGAGAAACCAAAGUUGGGUGAGCUUGGAUUUCACAUGAAGCAAUGUGAGUUCAGGUUGUGUUUUGUGGAGAAAUCUGAAGAACUUACUCUUAACAAAAUACUGGAAGAAAAGAUGAAGGUAAUUAAGGUGUCUCUAUGCUGUUAGCUAUGUUAGGAGGAUGUUAAUUUUUUUGUCAGUCCUUCAAAUAUACCAUUUGCACAUGAUUUUAAGUUUAUUUAUUUAUUAACUUUACAAUCAAUUAUACGACUGACCAAAUCAUAUACGAUAGACACAAUCAUUGAUGAGUCAAAUGGUCUGGCAUUAGACAGAAUAAAAUACCAAAGUAGGGUGCAAUGCAACUUCAUGGGUUAACCUCUAUUUAUAGAAUUUAUGUGUUUCAUGUCCGGAGUGUAACAUGAAUGUGAGGUCUGCAGAGAUUGACAAUCAUAAAGGCAAUAUGUGUUGUGCAAAACUGAGAGACGAAGUAAGUCUACCUAAAGUUGGUGUUAGACAGUGGGAGAAAAAACUACAGCAGGAAACGAGUGAAAAAUCAGUUGAUAUUAUCACACAGAAUGCAGAGGAGCAAGAAAAAUUAUAUUUUCAAAAUCUGCUGGUGUUUGGUAGGUUGAUGGUGUAGGCUAGUUAUGAUGUUAUCUGGAUAACUCUAUCAGUUGUAAUCUGUUCUCCCUUGAGGUUCAGUAAGAGUCCUUCCUUAUUGAUCCACUGUUACUACAGGAGGACACCUAAUCUAACUAUAUUUAUACUGGAAGGCUCUGUCAGUUUUAAACUAUUCUUUCUAGAGGUCCAGUAAGAGGCAUCCAUCAUUGAUCCAGUGUUACUGUAGUACAUGUGAAGCCAGGAGUUCCUGGAAAAAACCAGGGUGUUAAGCCUAGAGUCACACUGGAGACAGCCUUCCCACAUGUAUGGGACUGAAACGAAAUUGUAAAUAUAUGUACAACUGCAUUACUGUAAUAUAUCUCUGGGCGUUAACGUAAAGACAUUAGUGAGCUUAAGCAAGCAACGUUUUUGUCAACAAGGACGUCAGAUUACCGAGGGAGGACUGGACUAAAAACUGUGUUUGUAUCAGUUUGUGGUAAUCGUCAAGGGAAGCCUCGCAUAUCGAUUUUGUCCAUGAGAAACGUCAUAUGUUCGUUUCUCUGGAGACCCCCCCCCCCACACACCCUUAGAAACGUCACACAUAUUUAUCGAUAUUUUGUUCUUACAGUACACUAUGAGUACACAUAAGGUAAUUUUCUACUAUUUUUUUCGGUCGGCUAUUGGCGAUGCUUCCGCGAGGAAUAUGUCAUCUUCUGCUGACAUACUCUUUUUUAUUAAUAUAAGUAUGAACUUCAAAAUUUCCAACGUUUCUCAAAAUUGAGUGUUUUCAAUGCAAGGAAGGCGUAAUAAUAUAAAUGUAUAGGUAUAGAACAGGUAUGGUAUUACGAAUAUAUAGACUGCUGUUUGUAUCAAAUUGUUUUCUUUUUUAUAUUCUGCAAAGAUAAAAACUAUCGAUUUUUUCCAUGAUGUUUACAGAGAAACGUCACAGCUGCCAACCCCCCCACCUCCAAACGAACAUAUGACGUUUCUCGUGGAAAAAAUCGAUAUGUGAGGCUUCCCCAACACAUAUGACAAAACGUAAGAUUUUUAAAGUUUUUUGCUUCCUUACACGAGCACCAUGAGGCCAAAUGCCGCCAAAAUUAGUUCUACCAAUUUCUGGGUGACGUCCGCCGUGUUGACAAAAACGCCGCUUCUCACUAUUAACCACAGUAGGUAGGUAGGUAAAACUUUAUUUUACUACGCUAACCCCUACAGCAAAAGCUGAUUUCCAAGGGGGGCGUAUAGCAUUAAAUUCAAAUUUACAUUAAAAAUUUAGAAAAAUUAAACAUACAAAUACAGUUACUUACAUGCAGUUAUUACAAUUACAUACAUAAUUAAAUAGAUAAUAGUACAUACAUAAUAGUAAAUAUUAAUAGAUUAAAUAGUCAAGGUAAAUAUGGGUUUGAAAACUCUAAUUAGUAGCCAGGUGUCAUACGUUUUUAUUGAAUAUAGCUAGUGAUUCUUUUCCUCUUAAUUUAUUUGGGAGACUAUUCCACAGUUUAGCCCCUCUAUAGCUAAGACUUUUUUUAAGAUAUUCAGUCUUAGGCUUGGGCAAAUGGAGUUUAGUGGAAGAGCCCCGCAAAUUAUAAUGCUGGGAGGAAGACGUCAGUGUGUCACCAUGCAGUAGUGAAACCCAGUCAUUGCUGUAUUUCCAGGUCAAAGUCGACACUGUGACAGCAGUUCAUCACCAAUGAAGUAUCUUAGGACAGCCAGUGAACUUUAUGCUACCGCUAUCAAACUCUCGUCAAAAGAUGGCAAACUUCAUUUUAAACUGGGACAGAUUCUUGAAGAAAUGCAUUUUGUUGAAGAUUGCUUUGGAUUUAAACAAGAGGUAUUGACCUAAAUUAUGUCAUAUGUUUGAAACACGAGCAGGAGUAUUUUAUCAGAUAUAAAACACGAGGGCGACAGCCGAGUGUCUUAUAUUGUACCUGAUUAAAGUGCCUAUGACACGAAAUUUCACCCCAAAUGUUUAUGAUUGUAUUGUAAAGAUCACUUAAAAUGACUUAAUAAAUUCUUUUAUAUAGAAUUUUGGUAACUUGCUUCCUUUGCAAGAUAUUCAACUUUGUUUCAUAUGCAAAUAUCACGGGUGUGACAUCACAUCGCAUAAUGGCAUUUUGAAAACGCAAUAUUUUACCUUGAUAAAAUAUUUUUACAAACAAAUACAGAGGGUUAAUUACCAGUUAUGAAAUUAAUACAUAUACAAGGGCAAUUUUUAAGUUUUUUAGAUACGUAUUCGUCAAGAAAACUAUACUUUUCUGAAAACUCAUUAAUGCCAUUAUGUGAUGUGAUGUCACACCGGUGGUAUUUGCAUAUGAAACAAAGUUGAAUAUCUUGAAAGGAAAGCAAGUUACCAAAAUUCUAUAAAAGAAAUUAUUAAGUCAUUUUAAGCGAUCUUUGCAAUGCAACCAUAAACAUUUCGGGUGAAAUUUCGUGUCAUAGGCACUUUAAAGCACGGACUGUGAGAAAUCAACGUUGUCUAAGCCGGCAAAAUCCAAGCUAACGUUCAUGUAAUGGACCAUUUGCAUUGUAGACUAAAUUUUGAUCUAAACAAGUCUAGACAAAAAUUUCAUCACAGCUUGAAAGAUCAUCACAAAAUUAGUAAUAUUCCAAAGUUUUGUUGCGAAAUGUUGUAAAAUGCGGAUAAAAUAGCCUUGCGAAGUUUGCCGUUUUUCAGUCAUUUUCUAUUAAUAUACAAACGGGAAAUUGACAGCCCCAAAGGGUAUUGGGCUGUCAAUUUCCCCCGCGUAAUGCAAAAUGACUGAAAAACUGCAAACUUCGCAAGGCUUAUUUUACAACAUUUCGCAACGAAACUUUGGAAUAUUACUAAUUUUGUGAUGCUCUUUCAAGCUGUGCUGAAAUUUUUGUCUAAACUUGUUUAGAUCAAAAUUUAGUCUAUAGCUAAUGCAAAUGGUCCAUUAAGGUAAUUCCGCCAUUAAGGUAGUUUUGCAUUGCGCACUUUUACUGCGCACAUCUUAUAACUUAUAAUUUCAUCCAUUAUACGUAUCGUUUAAAAAAAAGAUCAUUUUAUGACAAUUUUAUGUUACUUCAAAACAUCUUUGGUUACAUUCGUGCAAAUAAUUACGUUAAAAUCAAUGUUUUCAAAAAAGGCAUACAAAAAUGUAGCUAGGGUUCCUGUGUCUGUAGUAUAUUUAUUUAUUUAUUUGUAUUUCACGUUUUAAUGCCACAAUUCCCUAAAAAGAUCGGUGACCCCCGUUUUUUAACUGAUAAUUUAUUUCGUUAAUGCAUUUUACAUUUCAUAUCCGAAAUUAAAAGAAAAAUCAUUUCUGGAUCUUGAAAAAAAAUGCUUUAUCAAUGCAUGUUCUCAAAGAAAGAUAUGUAAAGAAAUGUGGAAAAGACAUUUGUGGAUCAGAAUUGUACACGUUCGUAGUUUCAUUUUGCUCAAAACACAAUAUUUUUUCAAAAAUAAUUACAAGAUAGGUUUACUAAAGCAAAAUCCGCGCUAAAAACAUCAGUAAAUAUCGGGCUGUUGUGAUUUUGCUGUUACUCGUAAUGAGCGUCAAGAUGGCGCCAUAUUGGGGUAAAGGUGGUAUAUUGUGAUUGUCAUCUCUUCUUAACGAGUUCGGUGACCCCGACUUUUUUGUGUGAUUUUACUUUAAGUUUAUCAUAAACUCCAUGCCUGGGAAGUUUCAGCACAUUCUCAUUUCGGGAACAAUUACUGCGGAAUUACCUUAAAUAUGAUUUUUAUCACACGUGAAACCACCGACACGAUAGUGAUUUCUUUUGUUUUUUAUACCUCAUGAAUUAUUAAUAAGUUGUUUAAUUAAAAGUGCUGGCCAAUACCACCCAGUAUCAAUAAAAUCAAGGUUUACUCUUUCUCAGGAAGAAACAGAAACGCCAGCCAUCGACUUUAACCAACGAUCUCGAGAUAGCAGUAAAGAAGACGACAUCCAAGCAAUCUGUGAACAACGAGGUUUUGGACGAAACCCACCUCUUGCUCUGCAACUGAAAGCCAUUGAUCAGGAAUAUCAUUACCUCUUGGAGAGUCAGCAGUCUGAUAGAUGUGAAUAUGUGCAGAAAUUAUAUGCAUGGAAAUCUAAGCAGGCAACACAGGUUUGUUUUAGGAAUAGAGUAUAUUUCAAAUUAGAAAGCUUCGGAAGGUGAACUGACACAGACCGUUCAAAAUUGUAUAUUUCAAAUUUCCCAAACACAUCAAUAGUGACAGUUUUUCCACGGACUAUUGACGAACUUGGGCAAAGAAAAGUUAGUUGGGGCCCCAUAGUUGGUCUUAGCCCCCUCCGCAGGCAACUCUGUGGGGUUCCCAAACGACGAAAUUGAUCAAAAAUUCAAAACAAAUGUUCUGUUAUUAUACCACCCACCUCUUGGAAAAAAUGAUAAGAAAUUAUAAAUAUUGCGUUAUCCCGCCUUUAACAAAAUACCGCCGUCUUUAACAAAAUUUCUCUUUUUGGAAAACCCUCAAAGUUGCUUGCGGAGGAGGCUAAGUUGGUCUAAUUUGAACUAUUUUCGUAGUUUGCCUACGCAGACGAAGUUGUGCGCGUGGGUUCGUCUUGACGGGUAAUCCGUCCAUGUGUGUAACGGGGCGGUUGUUCGAAAGACGAUCAGCUUAACCCUAGAUUAACUUAAGUUUCAAAGCAAAUUUCCCAACAGCUUGUUUAUAAAUUUGGAAAUAUUUCUUCAGAAAUCUUGUCUGGAUGAGUUAGAGUUUUCUUCUCUGAAGUUUUGAAAUCAGACAUGCAGAAAUUCAUAAACUAAAACAGCAUUUUAAAUUUUAGCGCUAAUAUAGCUUUGAACAGUCGACCCCAGGGAAGCAUCUGGCAUGAAUUGUUCCCAGAAGUUCAGAACCAUUGGCAACUUCGUUCUCAGGCUCUUUCCUCCAGUAUAGAGUGCUGCACUGUGCCUCAGCACUCUCCCUGGUCUAGCUUCUCCUGGUCUCUAAACACUUAAAUUUUAAAACUGGACCACUAUUUGGGACCAUAGAAACUUGUAUUUUUGUUCUUAGUUAUACAUUAAAAUAGACACUUUAUCUGCGUUUAAUGGUAGUCCAUAUACAUAGCUCAUUGUUGUUACUGUACGUAGGAUGGUAAGGUGGCCCAGUUAGCAUCAGAUGAAGAAGGGACGUUUGGUAAAGCUUACUUGAAGUACUGUGAUGCUGCAUCGUUUGCUUCAGAUAAUUAUCUUUAUCAUCUCCAUAUUGGGAGGUUUCUGUCGCUUCAAGGAAAACACGACGAGGCUGUGAAGAGAUUGCAAAUUGCUGUGGGUUUGAAACCUGUCAAUGUUGAAUCCAGGUACAUUCUUCAAUUUGAUACUGAUCUACCAGAGAAUACGGUGUAUAGGCACUCUUCUCCGCGAAGGCUUUUAUUUUAGUUUAACACGUGAGCUGUAUACCUUGGAAAUGUAUGGCAUUUUGGGUAAUUGGUGCACGCGCGCGGGGGAGCCUUUUUAGCCCAUUCUUCGAUUCGUGGAUUCGAGCAUGUAAAAAGAGUUAGUCAAACUCUUCCGAACGUCGUGGGUUUUCUCCGGAUAUUCUGGUUUCCUCCCUCAAGGAAUGUUGGCAGCCCCCCCGUCCUGACCCUAACAAUGUUUCGGGGAUCAAGCAGGUGUUAUGAAUUGACCACUGUGCCAAUCUCAACCUCAACUAAUCACUUACCGUAAAAUGAAAAUCGGUUUCCACUGCUUGUGUUUAAUACUACUUUUUCAAUCCUAGGUUUUAUUUGGGGCUAGCUUUGUUGCAACAAGCGGACAAGAGCAGAGAGCACGAAGCAAUUCAAUACGUACACGAAGGACUUGAGCACCUCCUGUAUAAACUAACCCUGCAAGCAGAAUCUCUCUCAGACCGCACUUCAACCCAACUUCACUCCAGUGAACUACUAGACAUCACCAACGUUCAAUGUUUAAAAGGUUUCCUUACUCUUGGAAGAGCCUUGACUAGCACAGCAACCAAAAUCCCAAACCAUUUCUUGAAACCGGAUGAGAUAUUUCGAUCGGUAGCCUCGCUUGCUGUUCGAGCAUUGUGCUCGAUCACUCAUAAGGGAGAGUUAUACCAUCAGAUCGAGAGAACAUUUCUGGAAGCUCAUUCUUGUUUGUUGCAAUGGAUGGUUGAAGUUCAGAAGAAGGGUGGUGCAGGAAUCCAGGAGUCCGUUGUGGCGACGCAUUGUGAUAAUUUAUGUUCGCUUCUGAAAGUUUUAUCCUUGCCAAAGGAUAACGCCUUGUUGCAGUUGCAAGAGAAGGUUGGUGUUGGCAAACAUGGGUGCGGUCAGCCCGCUUACAUAUAAUUUAAGCCUACUACUGUAGGUCGAGGUCAGAGAUUUAAGUAAAUCUCUGUCCUCAACUCAACUAAACUCAACUUGCAUGAUUUGUUUAAUCACAGGGAAGUUACCCAAUGAUAACUUCCCUGUGCUUGAAAAACUCGUGCAAGUUGAGUUGCUCUCUGCUGUGCCUCGAGGAUUUUUCUCUUUGUACUCCAGUUUUUCUCUCUCACUAAAAACUAAUCCUUAUGGUAUGCACUAAUCGUAAAUUACUAACUGACUUGCCGUCAGAAACCUUUGUCAAGUUGGGUUUUUUUUUGUUGUUUUUUUUCUGUGUUGGUGUAGUGUACUCAGGUGAAUAUGAUAUUUGUGGUGUUACUCUGAGUGUAUAUCCACACCGGGCAUUACUAGAAUACAUUGGUAUCGAAGGAACUAGAUUCUGUUCCGAAAUAUCACUUACUCGAACCGUCCUGACCGCGUAGCUCAGUUGGAAGAGCAUUGGGCUAGUAUUCCAAAGGUCGUAGGUUCGAAUCCCACCGUGGCCGGGCAUAUUUUUCAAGCUCGCCCGGUGUGGAUAUACACUCAGAGUAACACCACAAAUAUCUUUGUCAAGUUGUUUGGAAAACUUGUUUAAGGAUCGCCCCGCCCCCGUGAAAAAAACCUAAAAUAAGGUAAAAACUAAAUACCAUUUUAAAAUGAUCACAUUUUCUCUGUAGACAUGCCAGCAAGGUGUCAUUCUCCAUCCUCAGAACAGUCGUGCACUCUACAUGCUAGGAGAUGCUCAGUUGAGUCGCCACGAUAACGAAAUAAACAACAACAACAACACUGGGGCGUUAGAAGAAGCGGAGAAAAGUUUCCGAGCAAGUUUAGAACUCGAGGGAAAACCAAGCGGAGGGAAGGAGGUCCCUGCUUUGAUUCAAGAACAACAAUGGUGGAAAGAGAGACAGUCUGCGAAAACAAAAGAAACAUCUUCUAGUUCCACCAAGACAGCGACCACUGCAAAAGAGAAUCAGAGAGUUUCUCCUACUAAAGGCACGACAAGCAGAGGACGAGGUAAGGUCUAUCAAUUCUAAACUUCUCUUUCUAGAGAUCCAAUAAGGGCCAGCCGUUAUUGACCCAAUGUUACUACAGGAAGGAACGUAAACUAACUUUGUUCAUGCUGGAUGGUUCUAAUAGUUCUAAACUGUUCCACCUGGAGGUCCAGUAAGGGUCAUCCUUUAUUGGUCCAGUGUUACUGAUUGGGAAAACGAAGUACCUGCUGGGUUUGGUAGAGUCAAACCCUGGUCAAACUGGAAGCACUCUUCUCAGAUGUGACUGAGGGGAAAUGAUAAUCAGACACCUUAAAGCCCUGGUCAAAUGAGAAUUGAUGAGAUUUGAGAAGCGAGAGUUUGCAUGAGAGUGUUCUUAACUCUCAUGCCCCUGUCAAACGAGAACAAAAGUUGUACGAGAGUUAACUGGAUACAGCUCGCGCGGCUAAAACUCUCAUCAGAAUUUGAACCAGUUCAAAGUUGAUGAGAGUCGAUGAGAGCUGGCGGUCAAACCCGAACGAGAGUUGCAACUUUCAUAAACUCUCGUUUGAUCAGGGUGUCACCGUCCUGAUAGCUAUUUAUAUGACAUCUACUUUAUCUUAAGGUCGUGGUACUCCAGUAAAGACUACAACAACGACGACGACGACGACGAGAGGUCAAACCAAGCAACCAGCUUCAAAAGCAGCUCCAGUAAAGACAAGUGUGGCUGCAAAAACCAGCAACGUGAAAACGGCUCGAACAAGUGCUCCGAAACAGUCAGGUUAGUAAGAAAUAAAAUAAUUAGACAAAUUUUAGAUAAGUCCAUGUCAGUCAUAUAAAAUCUCUCAAUGAUAUUGUCGGUGUCCACAAGAUUUUCGUACUCAUUCCGCUCCAUUUUCCACCGCUGUCAUGCAGCUCUACUUUAUUGCGGCGAAAAUAUGAAGCGACAAAGGGGAAAUGAAAAUUCUGCCAAAAAACUCUACUUUUUACUUCCUUAUGAGGUGCACCAUAUCUCUGCCCUCUUUCUCUGAAUAUGUUUUUCGUCUCGCGAGAAAAACGCAACAUUAUUUCAACGUAGAAAUUUUCUACUACAUAGCUCCAGCAGCGAAGCCGACAGUUGGGAAAGCACCUUGUCGUUCCUGUAGCCACACUAAAACGGAAGGCAUUUCUAAACAAACUCCACCGCCCACAAACCCAAACCCUCCCACUUCACAGUCUACCCCCCAGGAGGCGGUUGGCCCACCGAACACCAAGUCCUACCAUCCACGUCUCGGGUUGGCCCGUGUCCUUACCCGGUUAGGUUCGGAUCACGACGCCGUCCGAAGAUUCUACGAAGAAUGCAUCACUAUGGAACCCAACCUUCAUGACGCGUACAUAGAACUGGGGGAAAUCCUGGUUAAAUCGGAUCCCUUAGGAGCAGUUGAGGUGUAUUCGAAGUAUCCGUUCCCAGACCCCUUGACCUAUGAUGACGCGUAUCUCCAUGGCGAAAUUGCGCGACUCUUGAUUAAGCACGAGAAGUUGGACGAUCCGCGGUUAGGUCCAAGCAUGAUAGCAUUGGGCAAAGUGAUGGGUUUCUCUGUCCUAGAGAAAUACGUGGACAUUCUUGAUAGUAAGUUACAAUACAGUAAGUUAUUGAUGCAGAUUUAUGCUCAAGUAAACGGGAAGAAUGUCGAUGACCCUGAUUUGCAACAAUUCUUUAAGUUUAAAUGUUGGAUAUAG